CAUGGAAGUACCAGAAUAUCCUCCUUCCCAGUUUGCUUGACGCUGAAAGUCCCCUUCAUAUACACGGCUCCUAAAUCAACGGCGACUUGAAAAACUCGAUCACAGAGAGGCCGGCGGCAGCCCCUUGUUGCGAAUCGCAAUCUCAUAGAACCCUCUGAUUGGUCGAACUGCCAUCACUGGAAUUCAAGUUACCAUUCCCAUCUCCUGUUCGGUUAGCUGCAUCCUCUGGCUUCUAUUUCAUGAAGGAUAUUUGUUUCCGAGUUCAAUUUCAGAAGAUCUACUACUUGUUUUCUUAGGUCUGGCCGACUCUUUUUGUGCCUUCUUUCAGAGACGCAACAUAUAGAUAUAUAAUGUUUCGUGUUACGUAUAGGAUAUGGCUGUAAUUGUCUCCUCAAAUAUGGAGCCACAGAAUUCUAAAUAUCAUGGGCAUAGAAUUGAAGUUUCAGCAGAUAUGCCUGCCGUGGAGAAGGGUUAUGGUGGGAAUAAGGUCUGCAGGGAAGUAGCGUGUGGAUUCUCAGAUGCAAAAGCCAGUUCCCAAGAUGCAAAAGAGCGUUCAGCAUCGAUGAGGAAACUCUGGAUUGCAGUUGUGAUGUGUAUCAUUUUUAUGAGUGUAGAAGUUGCUGGAGGUAUUAAGGCUAACAGUCUUGCAAUUUUGACAGAUGCAGCUCACUUAUUAUCAGACGUUGCAGCUUUUGCAAUCUCCUUGUUCUCAUUGUGGGCAUCAGGAUGGGAAGCAACUCCACGGCAGUCAUAUGGUUUUUUCAGAAUUGAAAUACUUGGGACAUUGGUUUCUAUUCAGAUAAUAUGGCUUCUUACAGGGAUCCUUGGUUAUGAAGCCAUUGCUAGACUCAUCAGUGGAACAGGGGAAGUUAAGGGCCUCCUUAUGUUUGUUGUCUCUGCGUUUGGCUUAGUGGUUAAUGUCAUUAUGGCUUUUGUACUGGGUCCUGAUCAUAGUCAUGGCCGCGGCCAUGGUCAUGGUCACGAUCAUGGACACUCUGGGCAGGACCAUGGGAAGGGUGCUCAUCGUGAUCAUGACCAUGAGGAAACUGGUCAUAACAUACACAGCCAGACAGUGAACAUCGAUAUACAUCACCAUGAUGAGGGUCAUUCCAAGCAGCAUAUGGAACACCAUCACAUCCUUCGCGAAGCAGAUCUCUCACAGCCUCUGAUAGACAGUAGUGUUAGAGAGAACACGGAAAGAAAUAUAAAUGUGCAGGGAGCUUAUCUUCAUGUUAUAGGAGACUCGAUCCAGAGUGUUGGUGUCAUGAUUGGCGGGGCAAUUAUCUGGUAUAAACCCCAGUGGAAAUUUAUAGAUCUGAUAUGCACACUAAUAUUCUCCGUAAUAGUGCUGUACACGACAAUUAGGAUGCUGCGGAACAUUUUGGAGGUCCUGAUGGAGAGCACGCCUAGAGAGAUCGAUGCAAGACAGCUUGAGAAGGGACUGUGUGAGAUGGAAGAGGUAGUGGCCAUCCAUGAACUGCAUAUAUGGGCAAUUACUGUAGGGAAGGUAUUGUUGGCUUGCCACGUGAAAAUCAAGCUGGAUGCGGAUGCUGACAUGGUGUUAGACAAGGUCGUAGACUAUAUAAGAAGGGAGUACAAUAUUAGUCAUGUAACAAUUCAGAUCGAAAGAGAGUAGAAUUCUGAACCGGGCAACCCCAACAACUAUGCUUUCAGGUUCUACCAGUCUGCAAUAAAUUGUUUGUACAUGCUCUAUCUGUGAGAUUUGCAGUACAAACUAAUUGUUGGAUGGUAGUUUUAUGCUAUUAUUAUUUGCUUCUUUAUUCCGAGUCUUUAACGAACACUUGCAAGCAACUUGUGCACCCAAGUGUGCUUUGCGUUUUCGUUCCAAGCAUGUAAAUGGCUUCAACUUGUCAUUUGUAGUAUUCAGUAGCCUUACUCUGGGUAGUGCAUUUGGCAAGGGAGAAGAAAACAAUCUGUUUUCAAA